AUGUUUGACAGCUCACAGUAUCCCUACAAUUGCUUCAAUUACGAUGCCGACGACUACCCGGCGGGCAGCUCCGACGAAGAAAAGCGGCUCACGCGGCCCGCGUACAGCUACAUCGCCUUGAUCGCCAUGGCCAUCCAACAGAGCCCAGCGGGCAGGGUGACCCUGUCGGGCAUCUACGACUUCAUCAUGCGCAAGUUCCCCUAUUACCGCGCCAACCAGCGCGCCUGGCAGAACUCCAUCCGCCACAACCUGUCCCUCAACAGCUGCUUCAUCAAGGUGCCGCGGACCGAGGGCCACGAGAAGGGCAAAGGCAACUACUGGACGUUCGCGGGAGGCUGCGAGUCGCUGCUGGACCUCUUCGAGAACGGCAACUACCGCCGGAGGCGGCGGCGGCGUGGCCCCAAACGGCAGGGGCCGCGGGGCUCGUGCGCUGGGGACGCCGAGGGGCCCCAGGAUCCUUCCCAGCCGACUGCUGUGCGGGGGUCCCCAGCCCCAGACGGCGCGGGAGUGGCCGGCCCCCGAGAGCCUGCAGCCAGCCCAGCCAACCCUGGGAAGGCGCACCCCAGGGACAUCAAGUUCAGCAUUGACUACAUCCUCUCCGCGCCCGGCCCCUCUCCGGGGCCCAGUGUCGGGGCGCUUGAGGGCAGACACCCCUGGCUGCAGGCCCCGCAGGUGAACCUCCACUUGUGGACAGUGUGAGCUGGUGCUGCACAAUCACUCUGGGUCUUCCCGCCAGACCUUCCUCCCCUGAGCCAGGAAGCCCCAGCGCUGCCACCAGCUGUCACUUCUCUGAGAUCAGCCUGGGUUGGAGGGAAGGGCAGAGGUCUGUCUUAGGAGAGGUAUUUAUUGUGGGAUUGUGACUUUGUGUAUUCAGAAAAAAGCUUCCCUGCAGGGAAAGCCCUGCUGGGUUCCAGUGUUAAUUACCGGUUGCUGGAGACCCACCAACUACUCCUGCUCUGGGGAAUGGGAACCUAGGGUCCUGUUCCCUAAUGUCAAGGUGAUGAAAAUUCCUCCGUGGUUUAAGACCGUCCUUCGUAGACAGCACAAACCGAAAGCUGCCAGUGUGCUCAGCAAACUGUCAGUCAGGCUGGUUAACAUCUUCCCUAUAGUUAAAAAUACUAAUAAAAUGCACACCGUGAAGAUUGAUACUAAUUGAUACUAGUGACCCCAAUGUUUAUGACGGUGUCCCCAUUACAGAUGAUGUGAUCAGAAGUGACAAAUAUUCCUUGUGCUGUUGGCAGAAUAUUUUGA